AUUCUUGAAUAUAAACACUGUCCCUUUCACAACACGUGGAGUAUUUGAAAUUCUUGGGUUAUUUGGAUUUAAAAGAGAUGGAAAACGGUGUGCCAGAAGUGUUGUCACCAAGGGAAAGUGCCAAGCUCAUUGCAAAAAAUAGCAAAGAUGUGAAAAUUAUUAACAAGGGAGUAGACAAUAUUGCUCAACAUAUGUAUGAGUGUGCUAAGAAGAGUACGUACAAUAUCCAGUCCUGGCGAACGGAGCACGAAUUAAACCCUCGGACCCAGGACGAAUCAGCCCUCCACUGGGUAUUUGUAGCAGACACAUUAAACUUUUCUUUUUGGUCGGACGACGAAUCUCAGAAAUACUGCGUCAGAUAUAAAGGGAAGAAGUACACGGGCUACUGGUCAUGGUGUGCCGCUCUCAAUAGGGCGCUGGAGAAUGGUGUCAAAAUAACAGAUGCCAGUUUCUACGCCGAUAUUACCGAGAAGAAACUUGCAGAGGUUCUGAAAUCAGACUCUGAUAUACCAAUACCAUUAUUAGAACAAAGGGUUUCAGUUCUGAGAGAAGCGGGAAAAGUUUUAUUAGAAAAAUAUGAUGGAAAUUUUUCAAACUGCAUUAAGGCCUGCAAUAAAAGCGCACAGUCGUUAAUGCGUUUGAUUGUCCAGGAUUUCCCCUCUUACAGAGACGAAGCUGAUUACGAGGGAAAGAGAGUGUCAUUUUACAAGAGAGCCCAAAUUUUAGUUGCUGAUAUUUGGGCGUGCUUCGAGGGGAAAGGUUUUGGGGAAUUUAAGGACAUUGACACAAUCACAAUGUUUGCAGACUACAGGAUUCCCCAGGCUUUGUACCACUUUGGAGCCUUGUCUUACAGUGACGAACUUAUGAAAUAUUUAAAAGAAGAACAUAUGAUGAAAUCGGGAGACCGCUAUGAAGUAGAGAUUCGUGGUUGUAGCAUUUGGGCGACUGAACUUGUUGCUGAUAAAACAAGGGAAUUAAUUAAGGAGGAUUCUUCACUGAAAGACGUAGUAAUGAAUUCUAUUCUGAUUGACCAUUACCUGUGGGACUUCAGACGAGAACAUGCGGAGGAAAUGCGGGAUAAUAUUCCAUUUCAUCGCAUUCGAUGCAUUUACUACUGAAAAUAUCAUAUGCCUGAAUGGCUGUAAGAAAUAGAAGACGUUGUACUUGUUUAUUUAGAAGAAACUUUAUUUUUUUUUAGAAGAUAGGGGUGGGGAUGUGGAUUGAAAAGGGGGGAGGUUAUGAAUUAUGCUGCACAUAUUAUCCUACAUGAGCUGAUUUAAAAGGGUGCUUUGAUUUAAUUGGGCGUUAUAACUUCAUUAGUAAAUUUUUUUUUUACUUCUUUUGAUCCUUUACAGUGUUGUAUUUUGCACCAUACUCAGGUGACCAUUAAAGCCCUUAGGCCUCUUUUUUCAAGACAAUUAUUGAAAACGAUCUGUUAACUUAUACCUGCCUGUUAAAUAAAUAAAUGUUGGCUUACAAGUGACAAGACA